AUGGAUAUUUGUCUGUUUGAAUCAAAAACUCCCUUGCCUGAUACUGCCUCUGUCGAUCGACUGUCUCGCCUGUCCCUGAGCACCGACGAUGUCGCGCCAGUGCACCGGCAGGUUUACUGGCGCGAGCGUUUCGGCCCGGUAUGGGGUGACAUCGACAUCGUGCCGUUGCAUGGAGCGCCGUUCUUUGCCCGGCUGCGCAGCACCCGAUUUGGCGAGUUGCGGUUCAACCAGGUCCAGUUUGCGGGCCAUCGCAUGUCGCGUAGCCGUCGUCCGGACGAUGCCUUCUAUUCACUGGCCUUUCCUGUAGCGGGCAGGGCGCUGACGUCCCUGGGCACAACCACGGUCACGCUGGAGCCUGGCAACGUUUACCUGCUGGACAACGGUGUGGAUGGCGACCUGACGCCGCUGCCGGACUACAGCACCUUCAACGUGCAGAUUCCUUCGCGGCUGAUCGAUCCACGGUUGCGCCAGCACCGCACCGUGUUCAGCGCGCCGCUUCACAAGUCAGGUGGGCGGGCCCUGAUGCUGUACCGAUACAUCCGCAAUCUGCACCGGAGCCUGGAACACCUGGACGAUGCCGAUGCUGGUUUCUACGCGCGCCAGGUGUGUGACCUGAUUGGCUUUCUCAUGGCCGGCGAAGGAGCGGUGUGCGAGUCUGACAGCAGCACGGUGGCCGCGCACCGUCGCAAUGUGCUGGCUUUCAUUGAGCAGCACCAUGCAGACGAGCGCUUGACCCCCGCGCGCAUCGCGGCUGGGUGCGGCAUGUCGGAGCGGUACCUUUACCGUAUCGUGCGGGGCAGCGGCCAGACGGUGAUGGAGCAUGUGCAACACAUCCGCCUGGCCCAUGCGCGGGUGUCGUUGGAAAACCCGCUGCUGCGAGGGCUGUCGGUGGCCGAGAUUGGCUACCGCAGCGGUUUUGCCUCCGCCUCCGAGUUUUCGCGCGCUUUCAAACGCGAAUUCGGCCAACCACCGAGCCAGUUUCUCAAAAGCCAGCACAACGACUCUUUCCCAUGCCCCAUGCACCGACCUGCUGGCACCGCCACCCCCUCUGCUGCCGCGCAAGCCCACAACCUGUCACGCGUGGUGCAGCGCUUGCGAGAAGACGUUGAUCGCGCAGAGAUUGCGGGCGCGGUGUUGGCUGUGGCCCGGGGCGACCAACUGGCCUGCCUGGAAGCGAUUGGCGUCCUCGACGCGACUUCACGCACGCCCAUGCCCGUGGAUGCGGUGUUCCCGAUUGCAUCGAUGACCAAGCCCGUCACCUCGGCCUGUGUCCUCAUGCUGGCUGAGCAAGGGCGCCUGAAUCUGGAUGACCCGCUGUCGCGAUACGUGCCCGCCGCGCGCGAUUGGCAGGUGGCUGUGGAGCGUGACAACGGGUUGUCUUUUGAGCCCUUGCAGCGACAGCUCACGUUGUACGACCUGCUGCGGCAUGUGGGCGGGCUGGUCUACGGGCCGUUUGGCCAUGCCCAGACCAAUGCGGACAUGAUGGCCAAGUUGACUGCCUUGCCGCUGGCCCACCAGCCGGGCACGGUGUUCGAGUACGGCAUGGCAACAGACGUGCUGGGCCAUGUGCUGGAGCUCGUCUGCGGUGGCGAUCUGCAGCAGGUGUUCGAUACCUUGCUCCUCGGUCCGCUGGGAAUGAUCGAUACCUGCUUUUGCCCCGAUGCGGCGCAGGCCCAUCGGCUGGCGCAUCCGCUGCCAGACAAGGCCACCGGCCAGUUGCCCACCGCGCCUUACGAGCCGGGCACCGCGCCACGCUGGCUUUCGGGCGGCGGCGGGCUGUUCUCUACCGCACCCGACUACCUGCGCUUUGCACGCAUGUUGCAGGCCGGUGGUUGGCACGAAGGCCGGCGAAUCAUGGCCCGACACAGUGUGGCCCUCAUGACCACCGACCACUUGCCGCCUGGCGUGCGCUUCGGUGCCUAUCAGGAUGCUUUCGGUUCACUCGCCCCGAUGCCGGGCCUGGGCAACGGCUUUGGCCUGGGUGUGGGUGUGCGCAUCAGUGCGGGGCGCAACGCGUUGCCGGGCAGUGUGGGUGACUUCUAUUGGGCCGGUACCACGGGUGCCUAUUUCUGGGUGGACCCGGUCGAACAGCUCAGCGUGGUGUUGAUGAUGAACGCGCCCUUGCAGCGCGUGCACUACCGCUCCCUCAUCCGCCAGUUGGUCUACCAGGCUCUCGAAUGA